AUGGGCAACAUCGAAUCCACUGACCAGAGUAAAAAACCAAACAGAAAAUUAUUGGAGAAGGCUGAAGUAUUGCACGAAAUAGUUCUCAGAACUUUCUAUACAAAGACUUACAGAGUAUGCUCUAUUCCUAACACAGAUCAGUUCUAUGUCAGGGGUAAUAAUGACAUCCUCAGAUGCAUGAACACUAAGGGGGCACUACUGGCGGAGAUCGUCACUGAGUCAACAGCAGAUCUGACAGUCACCAGGGAGGGAUAUCUGGUGUACAUUGACUGGUGGGAUAAAAGUAUCAAAAUACGGAAGAGUGGCAAGAAUGAAUGGCUGAUCACAUCAGAGGACUUUUAUCCAUGGGGCAUCUGUAGUACCUCUACGGAUGAUUUGCUGGUCACCAUGAAGUCCUUUAUUACAGAGAACAAGAACCUAGACAUUGUUGUGAGCAACAUUAAAAUAAAGAAAGUAGUAGUGGUGGAUAAGGAAGGCAAGUUCAGGUUCAGCUAUAAUGGAAAUUUAAAGAAACCAUUUGAUCCCCGUGGUGUGACCACAGACAGCAUGUGUCACAUCCUGAUUGCUGACUCUAGUAACAAUGUUAUACAUAUCAUUUAUCAGAAUGGACAGUUCCUCCAGUACAUAGACAACUGUAACUUACAAGGACCAAAUGAUCUCAGUACCGACAGCAAUGACAUGUUGUUUGUUGCUGAAUUUGAAACUAACAUUGUGAAACAUAUUAAAUAUCUAGAAUAA